GCGUGGCCUCACGCCAUCAUGGCGGCGCCCAUGGCGGACGCCCCUCAGGGGGGCCCCACCCCCCCCGGGACCCCUCCGGACGCGGCCCCGGCGGAGCCCGAGGCGCUCGAUUUCCCCCAGUACGAACUGGGCCGCCCCCCCCGCCAGAUUUGGGGGGCGCGGGAGGAAUUCGCGCGGCGCCCCGAAAAUUUCCUGCGAGGCUGCAAAUGGGCCCCCGACGGCUCCUGCGUCCUCACCUGCAGCAACGACAACGCCCUGAGGAUCUUCGACUCCCCCUCCCCCCGCGGCCCCCCCCCGGGGGCGCCCCUCCCCCAGCUGGUGCCGGCCGUGCAGGUGGCCGAAGGUGACACCAUCUACGACUUCACCUGGUACCCCCUGAUGGACUCCAGCGACCCCCCGAGCUGCCUGGUGGCCGCCAGCAGCCGGGACAGCCCCGUGCACCUCUGGGACGCCUUCGACGGGAGCCUGCGGGGGUCGUUCCGGGCCCACAACCACCUGGACGAGCCGGUGGCCCCCCACUCUCUGUCCUUCUCCCCCGACGGCUCGCGGCUCCUGGGGGGCUUCGACGGCGCCGUGCGCGAGUUCCCGACCCAGCGGCCCGGCCGGAGCGGCCUGGAGCGGAGCCUGCGGCAGGGCGGGCAGGGCCAGCGAGGCCUGAUUGGCUGCCUGGCCUUCAGCCCCAGCCAAUCGCUGUUCGCCUGCGGCUCCUAUGGGCGGAGCCUGGGGCUGUACCCGCUGGGAGGGGGCGGGGCCGUGGCGCUCUGGCCACGCCUCCCGGCCGCGCCCACUCACCUGCGCUUCAGCCCCUGCGGGACGCACCUGUACGCCGGCGGGAGGAAGGACAGCCACAUCCUGUGCUGGGACCUUCGUGUCCCCGAGCGUCCCCUCCUGGCGCUGCCGCGGCGCGUGGCCACCAACCAGCGCGUGACCUUUGACCUCGACCCGUCGGGGCGGUUCCUGGUCAGCGGUGACACCGACGGCUUCGUCACCGUGUGGGACACGCUGACCCCCCCCGGCCCCGGGGACCCCCCCGAACUGCCCCCCCUGCUCCGCUUCCGCGCCCUCCGCGACUGCGUCAACGGCACCAGCCUCCACCCCGGGCUGCCCCUGCUGGCCACGGCCUCGGGGCAGCGCCUGUUCCCGGCGCCCUGGGACAGUGACGGUGACAGCGACGGUGACAGCGACGGGACACAGCCGGGAGGGGACAUCCGCCUGCAGCUCUGGUGGUGGGGACCCGAGGGCAGCGGGGACAGCGGCUGGGACCCCACCGGGGACACCGGGGACACCGGGGACAUCGGUGGCACCAACUGGGACCCCACUGGGGACACCGGGGACACUGGGGACACCGGGGACAUCGGUGACACCAACUGGGACCCCUCAAGGGACACCAAGGACAGUGGCUGGGACCCCCCCAUGGACAGUGGGAGCGGUGAUUGUCACCUCCCCGGGGACGAGGACAUUGGGAGUGGCCAUUGUCACCUCCUUGGGGACACCCAGACUGGCGAUUGUCACCUCCCCGGGGACACUGAUUGUCACCCCUCUGGGGACACUGGGAGUGGCCAUUGUCACCUCCCUGGGGACACCGGUUGUCACCUUCCCGGGACUCCGUGACUGGAGAUUUUCACCCUCCUGGGGACGCUGCCUGUCACCUCCCUGGGGACACCAGGACUGGCGAUUGUCACCUCCCUGGACACACCGAGUGUCACCCCCCUGGGGACAACAGCCGGGACACCGCGACCAUGGACACCGAGUGUCACCCUCCCGGUGGCACCGAUUGUCACCCCUUUGGGGACACCAGGGACCACCCCACCCGCCGACUGUCACCCACCCCAGGGACAGCGACUGUCGCCCUGGGGACCCCUGGAGGGUCACAGCCCCGCUGGGGACCCCCGGUGUCACCCCCAGGCCUCGGUGGUACUAAAGGCGUUGUGACUGUCA